CGUGUACUCCUCAGACCCGGCCUCCUCUCCCGCCUCAAUGACAGCCUGGGUUACUGGCUCGGGCUGCGGAGACGGGGCGGGAGGUUUCAGUGGGUGGACGGCAGCAGCUACAACUCCUCGGUCCCCGUCCUGGGUGACUCAGAGUGUGUGUUCCUGGGCCACCGGCGCUUCAGGAGCGGGCUCUGCUCGGCUCAGCGGCCUUUCCUCUGCAACAGACCCCAGCAUCGCCUGGGAUAGAUGGUGGGAACGGGACCCUCUCCAUCCUGAAGAUUCUCAGCUUUGCAUCUUCUCCCAGCACAGCUCAGCUCUCCACCUGCCUUGCAGUUGUUUAUCAGCAUCACCUCAGAGUUUGGUGCCACGGAUACCUCAGUGCAACCCCUCAGGGCCACCUCAGUGCCUGGGCUGAAGGGGAUGAGCCUGCAGGGAGGGGAGAUGAUGUGGAAGCCGAUGUGUGGCUGCCUGGACUGGGGGCUCUGGGUUUCUUUCUCCUUCUAGAACCAUCCCAGAACUCAUCCUGCUUCUCUAACAGUCCGCAGUUGUACCCUAACCCUGUAUACAUCUAUGAUGCUGCCCAUCAGGAGUGAAGCAGGAGAUCCCACCUUGGAUACAGGUGAGCCCCCCUCCUCCUCCUGGCUGGGGACACCCUAAACCCUUUCCCCAGGCACAGGGGAGGCUGCAGAAUACAGAGAUAUGUUCAAAAAAACAAAGAAACAUAAAAGGCCUGGUUGGUGCCAUUUCCUGGGACCGGACGCACGUUGGUCACGGGGUGAGAAGGUGUCCGAGGCUGGUGCCGCUCUCGGGACACGCCAACGACCUCCAGAGCCACCAUGGCUGGGGAAAUCGUUUAUGCUGAUCUAAGAAAUCCUGGGAAUGAGCCUUCCCCGGCUGAGAAAUGUCCUGCUCCUGCCCCAUGCCCGUGGUGGCACAGAGUCCUCCUCACAGCCGGGGCACUGGGGCACCUCGUCCUGCUGGUGCUGGUGGUGGUCCUGAGCGUGAGGGUUUUUCAGGGCUCUCCAUGUCCUGAAAGUGACCCCAGAGUUGAGAGCCAGGCCAGGAACCAGACGGAGCGAUGGAUCUUCCCAUCCCUGGUGCAGUACUUCUGCCAGCCCCAGGGGCAGAGCCCCCCAGCCCCUGCUGGCUGCAAGUUGUGCCCCCAGGACUGGCAGCUCCGUGGGGAGAGAUGCUACUGGCUCUCCAAGGAAUCGGGAAACUGGACCCAGGGCAGGAAAAGCUGCGAAGAUCAGGGCUCUGAGCUGGUGGUGCUCAAGAACGAGACAGAAAUGGAGAACGUCGAGAGUGUCACAGAUGGGAGCCCAUGGUCGGUGUGGGUCGGGUUGAGGUCACGGCAGAAGGAGUGGACGUGGGUGGACGACACCCCCUACGACCCCCACAGGUUUGGGGUCCUGCGGGAGCCAGACAAAGGGUUCUGUGGGACCCUGAAAGGCAAGAGCUUGGAGGUUGAUGUCUGUGACAGUGACCACAAGUGGGUUUGCCAAAAAGCCCCUUUCCAGCUCUCCUCACCCACGUUUGGGAAGCUGGAUGAUGCCUCAACGUGACACACUCGGGCACGGACCUCGUGUGGUACAAAAAAAAAAUUUAUUACAAUUUUUUCAUGGUUUAUCCACCCCGUUACAUCAGCAGUAAAUUCCUGUUAGUGACUUUUCUCUAUAUCUACUUUUUAGUUAAACAUUCUCUGCCCAGGAGAAAAAUACUCCCAAGCAAUUUCACACACACACAGAUUUAUCACCACAUCUGCAUUUAUCUUGCAAGUUCCACUUAAGUUUCUCCCAGGGUCAUAUAAUCUCAGUCCCUACACUUAAGUGUUAUUUUUAUGCUUUUAUACUACUGUAGAUGACAAUAAGCCAAGCGGCUCCAUCACUGCUUUCCUUUGCAACCAAACUGUCCUAAAAUAAACACACAGAUUCCAA